AUGACGCCGCCCCCACAAGUCCGCAGCGGACGAGGCCGCUCUGGAGGUCCGCUUCUGUCCGCUCGUGUCCGCUCGUGUCCGCUCGUGUCCGCUCGAGGGCGUAACGCCAGCACGACCCUUCAGCUCGCGCAAUAUAACGGUCGCAUUGACCAGUGGAAUGAUAAAUUAGCUCUAGUGACCGGUGCAACAUCAGGGAUUGGCCUGGAAGCCGCCCUGGCCUUGUAUGCGACUAGCGCCCAUGUUUUCAUUGCCGCCCGUGAUCCCCGAGGGAAGUCCGCUGUGAAGUAUAUCCGCCCAGGAAUCAUGGCAACGCCAUACACAACGACAGCGGAUGGAGUCCAGCGGCAGUUUGCGGUGAAUCAGCUUGCAUACUUCACAUUGUCUGCUAUGCUUUUGCCGACCGUGAUGGCAAGCAGCUCGGGCGACUCCAACUUGAGAAUCGUCCAAAUAUCGUCCGCCUCUCAUCGAUGCUCGUCUAUUGAUUUGGACAUCAACUACGAGAAUCGACCAUACGAUCCAUAUCUGUCCUACGGUCAGUCCAAUACAGCCAUGAUCUGA